AUGGCGCCAAAAAGACAUUUAGGUUUAGGUAAAGCUGCAAAAUCCAAAAAACAAAAAAAAGAAGAUUCAUCAGAGGUUGAAACACCCGAGCAACAGAGCAAUGAAAUUACUGUUGAAUUGAACGAAGAAGCGGAUGCAAAUGAUGAAGUGAGUCAAUUAAGAGCAUUGUGGAGGACGCAUGCCAAAUCGGAUAAGGAUAACGAGUUGGUUGUAAAUGGAAUAAUUCACGAAUGUGACAGAUUAUUGAGAAAUUCGAACUUGGCCAAAAAUAACGAAAGUGAAGACACAAGUAAGGCCAGCACAGACGAAAGUCCUAAAGAGUUACCAGCAGACUUUCACUCAAUUUAUGCGUUGGCAUUGGCAGACUUGGCAUUAUUCCAUACUACGGAUAUUAAUAAGGUGAGAGAAUUUUUCGAUGCUGCAUUGGAAAGAGUUGGUUUGGGAUUGCAAUCUCAUGACGGUUCGAUAGAGUUGUUGUUCACUAAAAGCAGGAUUCUUAUCAAUCAGAUCCCAUUGCAAUACAUAUCCCAAUUAACUGUUGAAUCAAAGGUCCAGGGAGGGGUACCCAAAUUGGAUGAAAAAUUAGACCAUGCAUUAGAAAUCUAUGAAGAAGCUGAGAACCAAGCAAGAACCUUGAAACAGUAUGAAUUAUUCAAUGACGACAAUUUAGAAAUUUUGCAAGCAUUAGAUGAUUUACUAGAAAUUGUUGAUAAUUUCGGAAAGGAUACUCUGGAAGGAGACGAGAGUGAUAAAGAGGAAGAUGAUGAAGAAGAAGAGGUUCAGUUGUCAAAAAAGCAUCCAUUAUAUGGAAUCAGAAAUACUGACAAGUACAACGAAUGGUGGAGAGACCAUAUCAUUCAAUUUUUGCAGAAUGUUGAUAAGCAAUUAGAAAAGUUGGGAAUCUCGUACAAGCAAGAUUACGAGACUGAAAAUGCUUUAUUACCUCUCAGAAGAGAAAUCUGUAAAAGAAUUGGGCAAUCUUAUUUACAAGAGGCAGAAAUCCCGUCCACCGUAUUCACAACCCUUAAGUAUGAUGAAGGAUUUGCAGAUGUAGACCAAUUAGAAGGAUUGACUCGUGAACAAUCCCAAAAAAUUAGUCAGGAUCUAUUCAAAAUUGCAUUAGACUACUUGCAAAUGGCCGAAGACAAGGAAGAGCCAGAAAGCUGGGUCAAUGUUGCCGAAUCGAUGAUUUCUUUGGGAAAUUUGUACGAAUUAGAUAGCGAAGAACAAGAAAACUACUACACUGAAGCCGAAAAAAUAUUGGCUAAAGCCAACAAUGCCACCAACGGUAAAUAUGAAGAUAUCUUGGAAAACCUACAAACAUAG